AGAGCGGCAGUGCUCGGAAGCAUCAUGUCGAAGGUCACCUUUAAAGUGACGCUCACCUCGGAUCCGCGGCUGCCCUACAAAGUGUUAAGUGUGCCUGAAAGUACCCCCUUCACAGCUGUCUUGAAGUUUGCUGCAGAAGAAUUCAAAGUUCCUGCAGCAACAAGUGCCAUUAUAACAAAUGAUGGUAUAGGAAUAAACCCUGCACAAACAGCAGGAAAUGUGUUUCUAAAGCACGGUUCGGAUCUACGGAUUAUUCCCAGGGAUCGAGUUGGCAGUUCUUAACAGUUCCUGAAGGCUUUGGAAUAAGUGAUAAAUGCCAUCUAAAAAAAGGUCUAUUUAUUUUGAACUCCAAGGUGCAACUAAUGAAUUGACCUUUUUUAAAGCUAGCAAAAAUGACUUCCCAGGUUUCAAUUUGACGUUAAAUCAUGGACUGAUUCUUCCCUGACUAGUAGAAGGGUGGACUGAUUACACAUUAUGUUCCUGAAAGAGCAUAGGACAAGAGUAAAUACGUAGCCACAAUCCAUAAAUCUUUAAAUAACUGGAUACUGUUGAGCCUAUUUCAUGGAAGGGGGAACUGUGUUACGAUUUUGCUACAAACAAUUUGUUCCUACUAUGUGCUAAAACUUUUUUUUUUACUUUUUUUUCCUAAACUUAAUUCUGUGUUAGAGGAGCAGUUUUCACAUGGUUCAAGUGUUAAGCUCAAAGAGAAGGGAAAUACGAGGAGUUUAUUACUCAAAUAAAUAAGUAACUGCCACAUGUUCCCAAGUAAUUGUACGAUUUGCUGCAAAUAUUCCAGGUAAAGGAGAAAACAGAGGUUUCUGUCUGUAAAACUUUGAGGUAUUGUGAAGUUAAAUUCAGAGAACUUGAGAGUUAAUUUUCUCAUAUGAAAUACCACCAUCUGAGAAGGAUGCAGCAUAAUUUGGGAGUGUGUAGGAGGUGGUCAAGUGUGUCAUUCCUUUUUCAGUAAAUUAAUACUAGUUCUUUCUAAAACUCUUGUUUUGUAACUGCAUGUUACAUGGGAAACAGCGUAGAGUUCACUGAAAUGUUUGUGUUCAGAUUAUACUUCUUGUUUAUAAAUUGCCAGGGUAAACUGUUAGUUGUGUAUUUCAAUUAGAGAAAUUGCUGCCUUUUUUUUUUUGUGAUUGAAUGUAUUUGGCAAAAUCUUCCCCUAUUGCUUUGUUUUUCUGUCCUGCUAAGUUUUAACAGAAAGAACAAUGGGCAGUCCAGUGCUUGUUUAAAUGAAUAUUGUCACAAUACUGUCAAACUGUCCUGUACAAUAAUCAAUCUGUAGAAAGAUGUUCAGAUAAUGUCAGACCGUGCAGAAGUACAAAAUGCCCUUCUCAUUGUGUGCAAAUUGAGUAUAUAGACAAACACUCUUCUGAAAGUGAUAUUUAACUACAAACAUUUUCCAGCUCUAAGAUAAAUUGUAAAAUUCUGGAUUUUCCUUUAUUUUAAUAA